CGCGCCGGCCCCGCCCCUCCGCGGCCGCGCCGUUCCCGCCCCCCGCCAGGGAUGAGGGGCUGAGGAGGGGGCGCUCCCGCCGCGCGCGUGCGCUGCUACUGUCCGUGGCGCGAGGCCUGGCGCAUGCGCGUGUUGGGGCCGACGGCGCUGCCCUGCGCGUGGGCUGUCAUGGCGGCGGCCGGGGACGGGGCGGGAGCAGCGGCGCUCGCCGCCUCCGUCCGGGACUUCGUGGCCGGGCAGCAGGACGGCUGCGCCGCGGAGGUGGCGGCAGGGGUGAAAGAUGGAAGCUGGACUGUACUGCAGCUUGUGGAAGCCCUGGGAUCUUGCCUGGAGAACACAGAUCCUCGGACGCGAGGGCGAGGCAUCCAGCUGCUGUCACAAGUCCUGCUCCAGUGUUACUUCCAGCUCCAGGAGAAGGAAGUGCUGCAUCUGGUCCUGUUCUAUGAGAACCGGCUGCAAGAUCAUCACCUUGUGAUCCCCUCGGUGCUCCAGGGACUCCGAGCACUGAGCAUGUGUGAGGUGCUGUCCCCAGGGCUAGCAGUAUCUGUGCUCAAAACCAUCUUCCAGGAGGUACAUGUGCAGUCCCUGCUGCAGCUGGAUCGCCAUACAGUCUACAGCAUCAUCACCAACUUCAUGAGCACCAGGGAGGAAGAGCUGAAGGGCCUGGGUGCCGACUUCACCUUCGGUUUCAUCCAGGUCAUGGAUGGGGAGAAAGAUCCCCGCAACCUGCUGGUGGCCUUCCAGAUUGUGCGUGAUCUCAUUGCCAAGAACUACACCCUGGGUCCCUUUGUGGAGGAGCUGUUUGAAGUGACAUCCUGCUACUUCCCCAUCGAUUUUACUCCACCCCCCAAUGACCCUCACGGCAUCCAGAGAGAAGACCUGAUCCUGAGCCUCCGGGCCGUACUAGCCUCUACCACCCAAUUUGCGGAGUUCCUUCUCCCUCUACUCAUUGAGAAGCUGGACUCAGACCUGCAAAGUGCCAAGCUUGACUCCCUACAGACUCUGACUGCCUGCUGUGCCAUCUAUGGGCAGAAGGAGCUGCAGGAAUUCCUCCCCAGCCUCUGGUCAUCCCUGCGCAGGGAGCCUCUCCUGCAGGUGUUCCAGACAGCGAGUGAGAAGGUCGAGGCGGAGUGCCUGGCCGCUCUGCAUGCCCUCUCUGCCUGCCUCUCACGCUCUGUGCUCAGCUCUGACACCGAGGACCUGCUGGACUCCUUCCUCAGCAGCAUCCUGCAAGAUUGCAGACACCAUCUGUGCGAGCCUGACAUGAAGCUGGUGUGGCCAAGUGCCAAACUUCUGCAGGCAGCAGCGGGCGCCUCCCUCCGUGCUUACCACCACGUCACCCACAACGUCCUGCCCCUGCUGCUGGAGCAGUACACCAAGCACCCGCAGAGCAGCCAGAGAAGGACAAUCUUGGAAAUGCUGCUGGGGUUCCUGGAGUUGCAGCAAAAGUGGGGACAUGUGGAAGAAGAUGAGAGCACUCUGCUGUCGCUUCGAGACCCGGUUUGCUCUGUGGUGUUCUCAGCGCUGACUGACCCCAGUGUGCAGCUGCAGCUGGUCGGGAUCAGGGCUCUGACUGUCCUGGGCUCUCUGCAAGGCUUCCUGUCUCCCUCUGACCUGGAGCUGGUUGUGGAUCACCUCAUCCGUCUUGCCUUGUGUGAGGAGGAUUCCCAAAGCAGUGAAGCAGCGAUGGAAGCAGCUGGAUCUCUAGCCCCCAUCUACCCGAAGGUUUUCUCUGGACGCAUGGUACCCAGGCUUGAAGAGGAGCUGCAGUCAGAGCGGGAGGAGGAGAACUCCUGGGACCCCCGCUCCCUGCGGCAGCGUUGUCUGCAGGCCCUGGCAGCCAUGUCCACCCACCCCAGCAUCGUGAGGGAGACCGUCCCUGUCCUGCUGCAGCAUCUCCGGAAGGUGCAGAAAGAGAGUGAGGCCAGAAGCCCCCAAGACAUGGUCUCUGUGUGCCAGAGCCUGCACCGUGUGGCCCUGCAGUGCCAGCAACUCGAAGAGAGCUGCUGGUACUUCCACCAGACGGUGGUGCCCUGCCUGCUGGCCAUGGCCGUGCAGGCUGCCAUGCAAGAGAGCACCCAGACGCUGCUUGGCAAGGCACUGUUAGAGGAAGAGGUGCUCUCUGCCAUGGUUCCUGUCAUCAGCGCUGCCACCACUCACCUGAGCCCUGAGCUGGCUGCACAGAGCGUGUCUCACGUGGUACCCCUCUUCCUGGACGGAGAGGUCUCCUUCCUACCCCAGAACAGUUUUUCUUGCUCUUUCCAGCCCUUUGAGGAUGGGGAGUGCUUGGAGGCACAGAGACGCCUGGUUGCCCUCCUCAUGGCCUUUGUCUGCUCCUUGCCCCGCAACGUGGCAAUUCCUCAGCAGGAACGGCUGCUCCGGGAGCUGCUGGCACUGAGCUGCUCCUGCAACUGCCCCUUCACGGCCACCACAGCUGCCAAGUGCUUUGCAGGGCUGGUGAACAAGCACCCAGAAGGGCAGCAGCUGGAUGAGAUCCUGCAGCUUGGAGUGAACAGGAUGGAGCCUGGCCUUGCACAGGGCCCCUGCCGAAUGCAGGCACUCACCCUGCUGCUCUGGGUAACCAAAGCCCUGGUGCUGCGCUACCACCCCCUGAGCUCCCGCCUGACAGACAAGCUGCUGGGUCUGCUGGGCGACGUGGAGCUGGGUGCCGCCACAGCUGACGGCUUCUUCCUGCUCAUGGCUGAGUCCCCAGACGUGCUGCACAAGGGCUGCCACGCCGACGUGCGCAUCAUGUUCCGCCAGCGCUUCUUCACCGACAACGUCCCCAAGCUGGUGCAGGGCUUCCACGGGGCUGGCCCCGAUGUGAAGGCAAAUUACCUGAAGGCCCUGUCCCAUGUGCUCAAUCACCUCCCCAAGCCCGUGCUCGUGACAGAGCUGCCCACGCUGCUUCCCCUCCUCCUCGAGGCCUUGUCCUGCUCAGACCGUGUGGUGCAGCUCUCCACGCUGAGCUGCCUCCAGCCACUGCUGCUUGAAGCCCCCCAGAUCAUGAGCCUGCAUGUCAACACACUGGUCACCAAGUUCCUCAGCCUUACCUUGAGCCCCACCAUGGCUGUCCGCAUCGCUGCCCUGCGCUGCGCCCAUGCGCUGACCAGCCUGCCCACAACAGUGCUGCUCCCAUACAAGGCCCGUGUUAUCCGGGCGCUGGCCAAGCCUUUGGAUGACAAGAAGAGGCUGGUGCGGAAAGAAGCAGUGGCAGCACGGGGGGAAUGGUUCCUGCUGGGGAGCCCGGGCAGGUGAGCAUCCUGUGUCCCCUCCCUGUGCCAGCCGACAAUCUGACCAGGUCCCUGCUAACCUGCCAAGCCAUCCAGCCACUGCCAUGGACCCUCAGAGCACAUUGAUGCCCCGAGUGCUGGGGCUGGAGCAUGGGGGCCAGUGGACAGCACCCCUCACCACAGCACCCUCCUGGCAGCCCUGCCCUCUUCCCAACACCCACCGGAGGGAAUGAGCUGUGCUGCUCGUGGCUUGCCCAGCCUCUGCUGCAGCCAGGGACAGUGAUGGACAGACUCGCUCGUGUGAGUGGAGAGGGCAGGCCUGCACACACACACACGGCAACUCAGGUUGCCAGAGGAAUAAAUACAUCUGUUUUGGUAA